CCGACGCCAUGAUGACCAAAACAAAAUGGCUGAACGGGAGAUUAGUUGACAAAGUCAGCUGGCUGCGUGUGGAGCGGCUUCCUCCGGUUUUCUACUGCUCAAAACAAACUGCGUUGUCUCGGAAGACCCACACACCAACCAGAAGAUCCCACACUAUAGUGGAGGCCACCUUCCCAAGUGAUCAUGAUCAAGUUUCUUCUAAUGGUCAAUAAACAGGGGCAGACUCGCCUGUCAAAGUACUAUGAGCAUGUAGACAUUGGAAAAAGGGCCGUCUUGGAGGCGGACGUGGUCAAGGGCUGUCUGUUCCGGAAGAAAGAAGAGUGCUCAUUUGUGGAGUACAAGGAUUAUAAACUGGUAUAUCGGCAGUAUGCAGCUCUUUUUAUUGUGGUUGGCAUCACUGACAAUGAAAAUGAGCUCUCUAUUUAUGAGCUAGUCCACAACUUUGUAGAAGUGCUCGACAAGUACUUCAGUCGCGUGAGUGAACUGGAUAUUAUGUUCAAUUUGGAUAAGGUGCACAUAAUUCUUGAUGAGAUGAUCUUAAAUGGACAUGUUGUGGAAACCAACAAGAACCGCAUCCUGGCUCCAUUGCUGGCCUUAGACAAGAUGGCAGAAAGCUGACAGCCAGCCACACAGUUCAUGAAAAUGUGGGGAUUAUUUAAACAAAAUGAAGACUGUUAGCAAGUUAUAUUUUGUUAACCAAAAUUCAAGUAUUUGCAUUUGCAAGUGCUCUGGAUCACAUGGAUAAAGGCCUUUGGGGGUCUCGUGUUAUUUGCAUGCCAUUACUAAUAUUGGACUGAGCUAUAUGUACCAUGUAUGAGUUUUAUGCAUGAUCUUUACAUUAUGUAAACAAUUAAUCAUGUUUUAUAAUGUAAUUUUAAGUAUAUUUGCCAUGUGCAGGAGUUGUUCCUCUUGCAUUAGUUAUGAUUUACUGGUUCUACCCGACAUGCAAGUAGCAAGAAACCCGAGAAACCACAUGGAACACAAUGCUAUUCAUACUUUGCAAACAUUUUAAUGAUUAUUUUGGAGCAUACACAUUUGAAAAUAUUUGUUUACUUCAAACUGCAACUUGAGUUAAAUAAAUGUUUAUAAUAUACAAAGAAAA